UGUUUUCAUAAUUUAUAUACUCUGUAUUACUUACUAGUCUGUAUUACGUUACUUCGAGUUUAUUGUUAGGAUAGAGCAGUAUUUCUUUCUCUUUGGUGUGGAACUUUUUACACUUUAUAGAUUUGAUAUUAAGUGUACAAAAGUACUAUAAUGUAUAAAGUUCAUCAGAAAUCAAUUUAUAACUUACACAGGUCACACUAUUUCGUAAACACAUUUUUUGGUCAUAAUAACCAAGAUGGCAAAAAGGUUCACAAAACUUCAAUUAAUAAUUACCCACAAGUGGCACUCAAGUUGCCUACCAAUAUGAUAAAUAUAAAUGAAGCUGAAAUGGGAAGAUUUUCACCUUUAAGAGAAAGAGAUAUUACUGGUCCUGUUAUCAAUGUCUUAAGCAAAAGAAAUGAUUCACCCACAAUUGAUAUAACAUCGCAAUGUGAUCCGUAUGCUUAUAAGUAUGAUUGCCGCGGCGCUGUAAGCUUGUCCUCUUCAAUGCAGAGCAAUGUCCCAAAUCCAUUCAGUGGGAACCACACUCAUCUCAAUAUGCCAGGCUCACAAUGGGGACAGGGCUAUAAAUAUCUGUCAGAUAAUUUGCACAGUGCUCACUAUCUUACUCUAAGAAAUGAAAUCCGUAAAAAACAGUUUAACAAAGUUAUAGCUAUCUCCACCAGGAAAAUGAGUACAGAAACUGAUUCAUCAUUAAGUGCCAAAGACAAAUUAAAAAGAGCUGUUAAAGAGUAUGGAUCAACAGUUAUAAUUUUUCAUGUGACUAUAUCUCUACUAUGUUUGGGAGGAUGCUACAUCCUAGUAUCUAGUGGUGUCGAUGUAACGGCCCUACUGAAAUACUUCAAUAUGACAGAGGGUCCGCUGUCAACUGCAGUGGCCUCAAACACCGGCACUUUUGUAAUAGCUUAUGGAAUUCAUAAAAUCUUUGCACCGGCAAGAAUAGCUGUAACUUUAACAGCUACGCCAUUUAUUGUGAGAUAUCUAAGAAAUAUUGGAUUUUUAAAACAUGGUGGUGGGGUAAAAUAAAGGUAUAAUAAAAAACUUGUUUUCAUUUAUAGAAACCCUAAAGUAUAUUUUCAUGAUAAUAAUACAUUGAGAAAAACCACAACAAGAAAAUUAUGACCAGAGAUCUCCAACAUUUUAUAAGUUUACACAAAAUACACAAAAGUUUUAUAGAUAAGAAAACUAGAUUUAUUGCUGCAUUGUGUAAUCCAUUUUAACCGUAAAUAGUAGAUAAAAAGAAAUAUAAGGAGAAUAAGAAAGAAGAUGAUUUGAAAACAGAAAUAAUUUAUAUCUUCUGCUUCAAACUGAUUUUUAUUAUAAUUAAAGACAGAAAACAUCUAUGAUAUGAGUCUUUAUAGAGACAAGAUAUUCCCGAAAUAUGUUGGCUUUUUAUUCUCGGUUUUUUUUUUACAUAAUUUAUCUAUUGAUUAUUUACUAAGUACACCUUAAAGCUAUAACUGCAGACAUAAACUAGACUUAAGGGUUGCGUCUAGCGUGACAGUUCAAUAUCUUAGGUUUCUAAAAGAAAGAAUCAUCUAGUUUUCGAUGUUGAAUUAAAUAUAAUAUAAUAGUUCCAUAUUUCUAUUAAUUUUUAUGACUUGUAUUCUAAUAACAUAUUUAAUAUGUAUGUAUAUGUUUAUCACGUAAUCGGUUAAUUAAACUUUCAAUAUUUACUUGUUUAGGAAUGGUUGUUGCCUUUUUAAUGUUUAAAAUACGUUAAAGUCGUUACUUACGCGCAACAUAUUAAAAAGUAAAUGAACAUGGCUGGGGCAAUAUAACGAGCGACGUUGCUGACUCCGCGGAACGAACAACAUGCCGUGUUAACAGAAGAUUCCUGAUGCCACUCAAGCAAUGGAAUGGGAUUUAUAUCUUAACAUCGGGGCAAUCAUGUAGGCUUAGGUAUACUGGUUAUAAGUUUUAAUAUGUAAUUCUUAUUAUAAUAUACAUAUAAGUAAG